CUCGUGUAUUAAUCAACUUUUUUCACUCUCAACAAAAAAGCACAGCCCCGAUGAUUUCAAAUUUGUACCCCAACUAGCAUGCCAUGCCUCCCCCCCACGUGUUCAUAUGACAACGAAAAUGUUUUGAAUUCGACAAACCUAUCCCCCGUUCCCCUUGAAUGUAUCGGCUUUAUUCGCCUGUUCUUUGCUACGAAUGCAUCUCAGCGAUAAGUUCCACGUGUGUAGGAAAAGGCACAGGUGCGUGGCAGCAGAAAAAAUCUUUCUCCUAUUCUGAAAAAAGCCUUCUUUUUGGCAGAGCCGCGUCCUUAUCACCUAAGCGACCAUGCUCCGCCACUCGCUGCGCAAGGCGAAGGAGAAGGAGGAGAAGAGGAACAAAGCGCCUAAUAAAUCAACAACAUCUUCAUCCGGAAGAAGCAUGAGACAACCUGAGGGAGAAGCAAAUGCAAACAGCAUGGCCGACAAUGCGAUAAUAUCAGCCGGAAAUGCAAAUGCUUCCGACAGGGACAGUGACCGUGACCAGGCGAUCAAGCUCGCCCUCAGCUCUAGUUUCGAAGACGACAAUCACGAUACGAUCCAACAAGGAACGAACAGAGCAACCGGGUCUGUCAACCUCUACCGCGGAACCACGUCGGUGCGAAGAACGAGCGUAGAUGACGUUAUUUCUUCCGAUGUGGGAGAUAACAGCAAUUUCUCCUUCUCCGGAACGUCGAAAAAAUCUGCUUUAAAGCGUGGUCCACGUCCAUCCAUCAACCCCUCCCGGCAAACCAAAACCGGCAUCCGCGGGUCAAACUUCAUCCCCCAAACCGAGGGCUCGAUUGCGUUGAUCAGUCGCGCGUCCGGGGAAAGUCUGAUGCCACGUGGAACAAGUACUAGGGAGCUGCCAACAGCAUCAACAACCUCCGUUGUACUGUUGCCGAGAGAUUCAGCCGCUGUUGACUCUCGAGAUUCACAGUUGACUAUCGCGGACCAGGAAAGGAUCAACGAAUUGAGUCAAAGAUUGAGCCGGAAGGAAAAGCAGAUGGAGAUGGGACGAUCAAGCAAGAAUGUUCAGGAAGACAACGGGAUCGAGAUUUUGGGUAAAGACUACAAUCAGGUCGAGAUUUUGGAUAGAGACUACGGCCCGGUUGAAGAGUAUAAUUGGGACAACGCUCAUCUCGCGCCCGAUGUCCAGCAGGUGGAGCAGGAGUUCAUGAAACGGAUAUCGCAGGAGAACGGGGGGCCAGCACCAGGACGAGCUUCUCAACUACAAGCUGGUUCUCCAGUGCAAUUCCAGCCUCCCUCUAGGAAAUCAAGGAAAAGUGCUGCUCCUGGUGUCAUCCUAGCGGACGACAAUACCGGUUUCGGUGGCGCACCGUUGCAAUCUUCUGCGGAGAGCAAGUCGUCGACUUUGGAGCAGAAGGAGGAGGAUUCUAAUCGAGGGACAAGAAAUAGGACUUCUGCAUCAAUUGUCGCCGACACCACGAGUUCCCUGGUUCGGCGGUCGUCGAGAAAAUCUCAGUCCGCGUUGUCCGCUAGCAAUGUGACGACACAAAUCAUUUCCAGCUCCGACGAAAGACGGCAAGAAGUAGCACCAGAAUCUAAAGCGCAGCGCAAGAAGAAGUCUUCUAGUACAGUGGCUGCAACACCGACAUCAACCGCCGAUCAGCCCCCUUCUUUGCAGCGCAUCAAACCCCAGCGACCGACCGAGAUCCGGGAAAAACUGGAUCCGGAGAGCGAAUUCAACCAGCAGCCGCUUGUCCAGCCACAGAUGCGGCCGAGAGCCAGUAAAAAGAAACGAAAGCCAAGUCUCGGCGAUAGUUCAGGCUUAUCCGAUUCUCGAGAGACGCUGGAAAGACUGGAAGAGACGAAAGAAGUGAACCAAAUCGCCUUGAACGCGUUAGACUUAACGGAUAACGGCAUGACCGACCAGCAACGGGCGAGGAUGUUGAGGCAGCAGGUGCAAGCGAGUGUGUUUGGAAAUAACUCUUUUGCAACGAAGAGUCAGCAGCAACAAAACCAAAAGCAGCAGCUUACCGGCGCGCCGGUCAAUGAUGUAAAUGCGAUUGGUGCGGAUAGUAGCUCGUCCGCGGUUCUUGCUGGUGCGGACACAACAACCACUAGUCCGCUUCGUGCUCGCAGGACGAAAAAAUCCAUUUCGACGAAUGCGAACGUCACAGGAGGACAAGCGGCGAACACAUCGGUUCUCCCGGCGGAUGUGGUUAUCAUCGCAAGGGAGGAAUUAGAACGGUUGAAGAGAAAAGCGUCUGUCUAUGACAAAGACUACAAUCCGAUGCAAUACCAAAGGGAUAGUACCAGUGCAGAUGGAACAACUAGAUCAAAUGCGCCCGCGCGGUUACCAACCCAGGUUUUCCAGGAAAAGCAGCAGCAAGUCCGGCGGGGAGCCAUGGCGGCUUUGCUGAAUAACCGGAAUAGCUACAACCUUGCAGCAGACUUGGCUUUACCCGGAGAGGAUCAACGCUUUUCAACCGCUUCUGGGAUGAACAUCGCGCUUUCCCGGAACAGUACGACAGCAACUAAAAAGCAGCUAAACCUGAAAGAGGGCCUAGAGCCGAAGAAAUCGAAAAAACGCAACCGGUACAGCAUUCAGGGGGAAUACGUGAUGACGACACCGAGAGGGACGACUACUAUCGGGAAGAAGUCCGCUGGGCGGGAAGGGAAGAAUGCAAACAAUCUGCUGGCUGCAGAUAAUCUCCAGGAUUUCACAAGUCACAACGCCUUGGCCGCGGUUACGUCCACAACCGACAGUGACAACUUGCUAAAUUUAACCGAGGCGGACAAAUCGCACUUACACGAGCUCCGGGAAUUGAGGAAGAACGUCGCGGCGAAUGAACGGAGAUUUUUACAAACAACGAGGGAAUUAGCCCAGUCCGGGUCUUUUAAGAACCUGUAUACGACUGCAACCGGUGGAACAAGCGGUGACCGCUUAUUCCGUGGAUACAGCAAGCAGAAGUCGAAACUCCUCUGUGUCGACUUCGACAAUUGCCUUGCGAAUUACACGACGAACAACGAGAGUGGCCACGGGAUGACGGCGACGAAAAAUGUCACGAACCUGGGGAAUUCCCACCGGAUCCAGUACAUCAGAGAGUCUUUGGCGGUGUUGAAGCAGGAGUAUGUGAUAGUUUUGCUGUCGGGAAAUUACACGGAAUUCGUUACGGAGGUUCUGCGGAAGAACUAUUUACUUUCUCUCUUCGACCAAAUUUGCGGUGGAGAUUCCUUCCCCUUUUCCAUGAAUAAAGGGAAGCGCAUGAAGCUGCUGAUUGAGGAGAAAGAGCAGUUUCGGGUGUACAAUUUGAUCGAAUCGAUAUUGAUAGAUGAUCAAGAGCACAACUGCAUUGAGGCGGAGGAACACGGGUUUUGGGCCAUGCAGGCGAAUUUCACGGAACUACCAGAUACUUUACGGAUGUUGUGCGUUUGCGAGGCCGGGUCGGUGUUGGAAUUCACGAAGAGGCUGGAGGAGGUGCGGUAUGAACUGGGUAGUCAGUUCGGCUUCGGGAUCUACAACGCAAAUACGCAUGGGAAGGUAGUGGUACAGACGGGGAGUAAUAAUGUGCAGUUGCAAGAUUUCACGCGGAGCAGCUUGAUGAACUAUGCGACUACGGGCCGCGGUGGAAGUGCAGUAGCUGGCGGCGCAGCUGCAACAGCGGUAGUACCAGAUGAACAUAUGAGCGCGACAACUCUAGUCCCGAUCGUCGUGGAUAAAGAUGAGGAAGAGCAGUUUCAAUACUUCGCGAAAGGGCAGGACUCCGUGCUGGAUGACAAUGAUCCAAGUAGUCCCAAACUCAUCCCGGACGUCGUCCCGGCGGUGGCGCUACUUUCCGAAAAAGCUGGCGCGACAAUCAAAGCUUCCGAUUUGAAAAACCUCGACGAAGAGAAAUAUCGUGUGCUCUUCGUCCCCUGGUCUUUAUUCCUGAACAAAAACAUGGAGGAGAAAGCGCCGAUCAUGAUCGACAACAGAAGCGGGAAGCAGGAGCAGCGGAAGACCGCGGAUGUGAUAGGACAGGGAGGAAUCAUGCUAAACAACAAUAUGCCGACGAAUAACCAAAAUGAAUUCCUACCGGAAGACUGGCAGAACUCCCCGAUGUACAAGAAAAUGAUCGCGAAUGAGCUGUUUCCACCGAAUAGAGCAGCGGCAGGAGAUGCGGGCAUGGGAGCUACAAAUCAGUUCCAACGGGUGAAUGCGAGCGUCGGUCAGGCUUCUGUCGUGGUUGACCAGAGCGAAGUACAACUACAGGGAGAUAGCGUUAGGCAACCAGACGAAGCCGGACAGCAUGUUGACGACCCCAACAAGCCUUCCGACCCGGACGACGCCUACCUCAUCCGUCGCAACCCGAAAAACUUCAACAAAUUUGACCAGAAAUUGCAUGAGUUCAAAUCCGGAAAUUUCCUGGAUUUGUCUGGGGAUUACAAUUUGAAAAACCUGUCCGCCAUGCAGCUACUCGCGAAGUUACUGCAGAACGAAGAGAUUGAGACUCUACCGGGUAGCAAGAAUAAAACGCUCGAUUUGGAAAAGGACGUUUUCCGAACGGUGUUUUUUGAGGGCUUGGAUCACUUAUCGAAAACCUUGGAAUUGACUUCGGAGAAGAAUUUGAAGAAAAAUUCUACUUCCAGGGAUAGGGAAAAGGGACACGACAGUACGACGAAAAUUAUUCGCGCAACAUCAGGCACGACUUCCACCGAAAACAACACUAAGCACGACCCAAGAGUAGAUCAUCAUUCCGCCAGGACCCGUGCCCGGAAAUCCGCUGCGCAGAGGGAUAGCAGUGUUAGGUCCGAAGGGAAUGAGUCUGUCGCGUCUGUGGAUGAGCAGUCUUUGAAAAAAGUGGUGAUUUCCACACAUAGUAGCCACAAGAGAAACAUUUCCGCCACGUUUCCGGAGUUUAGACCACAAGAACGGCACACAGUUGAGGUUUUGUCCCACGUGGAUUCAUCCUCUGCGGUUGACGGGGCGAACUUGAACAGCUUGAAACAGCCCAUCAAAGCGGGGGCGGUCGACGUAAAUGUCGCCAGGAAGUCGAGAGAAGUCGGUGCGUCCGCCGAAUUCACGCAGGCGCACGGGAAACUAGGUACGAUGCCGAAGAAGGUGAAGCCUGACACUGUUCUUUUCCCAUCCGCAACCACCGUGACGAAUCAGAUGGUCCCGAAAGCCGUGACCCGCAUCGAAAGGGAGAGUGAAGCGAAAGCCGCCGCGGCGCGGGCCAGCGCGUUGGAGACGAAAGAUGUUUCCGCUGGUGCUGCCACAAUACAAUCAGCCGCCGAAAGGCAAACGGUGCUGGAGCCACGAAAAACCGCGAUCGAAAGGCAAACCGCGAUAGUGACGAGUCAACCAGAGCAAAGUGAUGUCAAAAACUCCAUAACCGCUGCCGACACUUUUCAGGCGAACGAGACGGUCUUCGACAACAAAACGGAAUUAGACAAAAUGGCGGAGAUUGCGCAGAAAUACGGGGACAACCCAAAGAAGUUGAACAAAAGCGUUAGUUCUUCGGGGCGGAAGUCGACGAACAUCAGAGCGAGUGCAAAGGCAAAAAUUGAAAGCAGGAUGCGGAAGUCCUCGAAAUCCGGAAGGGCGUCGAAAAGCAACAAUAAAUCAGGUAGCUCUUCUACCAAUGACCAGCAGUCGAGUGAGAAUGAGAGGAGGAGCGAAGGAGGAGCUGCUGCCCGAAAAUCUGAAAGGAAAACAACUCGGGCGACGGUGUUGCCGGUGGAGGCAGGAAUAAAUAACAGCAGUUCGAACCACGCGGAAACGGAAACUGCAACUCAAGCAGCCAAGAAAGGUCCCGCCCGGUCCCGUUCCCAAUCUCCACCUAACGCUUCCUUCACGGCCGCUAGACAAAUGUUUGAGCGACAGCUUUAUCAAAUGCAAAAGUGUCUGGGUCUGGAAGAUUGCAUGCUUGUCAUGCUUGUCUGGCAUGACUCUUAGAUCUGUCAUGCACAUUGCCCAAGAGACGCUUUUUUCUGUCAUACGGAGACGCAGUUUGUCAUGCAGAAUAGGCAACACCUACAAGGUCAGAAAUUUGUCAUGCUGAGCCAGCACUUGUGGCCUCCUCAUGCUAUGCCACCCAGCAUCACAAGUUUCCAGACCCAGACAUUUUUACAUUUGAUAAGCUUUCCCCUGGCAUGGUCUCUUCUGCACCAACUAAUUUCAGACCAGAGCCGCGCCCCUCUGCGGCCACCGCCACGCCGAAGAAAGUGGUGUCUUUUCAACAAUUAUCGCAAGGGGAGCUGAAGAUACAGCCGGAAGUAGAGAAAAAACCAGGACAGCCGCGCGACAGACCGUCAAUCGCACGGGCAGCGACGCCCGCGGCGGGGAAGAUGGGUGCUUUGGCAAUGAUGAGCGCUAUUGAUGAAGAAGAUGGUCCGGCAAGGAUCAGCACAGGCGGAGCUGGUGCGAAAGGACGAGUGAAGGGGGAGGGAGCUGCUGUGCCUGGUUCUUUGAAAGGACCGAGGAUGAGCAGCGUGAACAAAGGGGGGAAGAAGUGAUAGUCGGGUGAGCCUAGGCCUACGUCCUUUGACUAAAGGAAUCUUAUCGCUUCUUUAUUCCUACCUUGUUUUCGUUCCAACAUGAAAUUGAAAAACCACCUCACCCUUUAAGUACAAUUAGCGACUUCAUCCCCAUACUUGGUCCCCACGACGAAUCUGAGUCCUUAAGGACUUCUCUUGUUACACUAAGAAAUCUUCGUCUUUGAAAGAAACAACUUUGACGAUUGCCCCUUGUGAGGAGGCGUGCAUGUGGU